UAGGAAGCAUACGAGACAAACAUCAGGACGUUCUACUCGGUGACCGAUUGCCCGAGUAGCAAAACUUUCUUGCUGGUCGACGUAAUUUGCUCGGUGUGGAUCAUGCGAAUAUUCCAGACUACAAGAUGACACCCACAAGCUGAAGAAACUGGACCCAGGAUGAUCGCACUCAUGGAGUAUUUCCUGUCGAGACGACGUUUCACUGGUGUUCUUUCUCUCGAAACAUCGUUCCGAUCUUUUCUGCCCAUAGUACCGGGUUCCAGAAGCGUGAAUGGCAGUCUCCCAUUUGUUGCUGGCGCUCGCAGCCAGUGCCGCUGGUGUUGUCACGGCCGUGUCAAAUGGCAACUCGACUACGAGAAACUUCACGGCCAAAGGCAUCGCUACCGGCACGACAGCACAGCUUCAAACCUCCCCUUUCGCCCCAUUCAGCUUAAGCCCGGAAAUCCCGCUAGCCACCUUGGACUACGGGGCCGAGAGAGCGGGUUAUCCGACCUUCGAAGUCUCCGCCAUCAGCGCCCCGGUCCAGAUCGAGGUGAAGUACACGGAGCACUUUGAUGGGCUCAAUCACCCGUUCGACGACGGGCCGUACACUUUCUCCAACCAGCUGAGCAAUAGUUUCCGCGUCGAGACGUUCAAUAUCACUUCCAUCAGCCGAGUUACAUCGCCGCUCAUACAGGGGGGGCAGAAAUGGCAGUCCAUCAGGCUCUUGACGAAUGGCACAGUCUCCUUUUCGAGCGUAGGGUUCGAGGCGACAAUCGAUACUCUCGAGCCGGAGGAACUCCCGGGCCAGUUUGAGAGUGAUGAUGAGAUUCUGAACGAGGUCUGGAAGCUCGGUGCUCGGGCAGCCACGGCGGCUUGCUUCGACAAGGGUACGCAAAAGACGAUUUGGGAAGUUACUGAGGAGAACAGAGUGUUUGCGCGUAGCACGAGGCCCUCGAUGACUUACAAGGCCACUAAGUGGAGCAACUACACCCUUGAGUUUGAUACCAAGCUCGAGAGGGGAGGAAGCUGGUGGGUGACGGGAGGAGUUAUUGCCGGCAAUGGAUACACCAUGCUUCUUACCGGCGAGCUUCCCGAGUCGAGCACCUUCGUCAACGUCAACAAGACUCUGACACCGCCCAACACCAUCUCUUACUUGUUGGAUGUAUUUGACGUCCCUUUCACGGUUAAGGAGAACGAUUGGUACCGCAUCAAAGCCUCGAUGGCUCCCACCGGCUACCUCGCAGUCUCCAUCAACGACACGCAAAUUCUCAACAUCUCGCGAUCCGACUACCCGUGGGCCCUUAGCUCCGGCACAGUCUCGUACUCCGGAUCCCCUGACUUCAGCGGCUCAUUCGGCUUUGGAGCGUACCAAGACCAAGCAGCCUACUUCAGAAACGUGCACGUCUACGACACCGCCAACGGCACGAUGCUCUACUCCAACACACUCACCGGCAGUUCGGAAGACGUUAUCGCCGAUUAUGGAACCCAAGCCAACAGCGAAGCCGCCUGCCUCGAUGGCCCGAAGCGCGACCGACUCAUCUGGCUUGGCGACUUUUACCACACCGCACGCAUAAUCGCCGCCAGCACGUCAAAGAUGGAGCAGGCAAGGGGAACCUUACAACUCCUGCUUGAUUCGCAAAUCGCAAACGGGCAGAUGAACAUGUCGCCUACCCUGGGUUACAACCUUGCCUCCGUCGCCAACGAGCUGGCCGCUCCAGCUGGGAGAUUCGGGCUGCAAGAUUACCAGCUCCUAGGCCUGAUUGUCGAGUUGGGGGCUCUGACACUGAUGGCCUUCAAUGACCACGUCCGUCUGACAAACGACCUCGACUGGGCGCAUCAACUCACGACGGGCCUAUUGACCUUCGAUGGAGGGUUCGCGUUCACAGGGCCCGCGGACGGGGGAUCCGCCAUCGGGUGCGAGGCCGUCCAGACUCUCAACGGCGCCGCCGACGUCGCUGACGCGCUCAACGAUACAGUAUCCGCUACGCAGUACAGGGACGCGGCGACGUCGUUGGCGACCGCGAUCAACGAGCGUCUCUGGAACGAAGAGGCAGGCGCGUACGGUCUUUCGCCGGCGGAUCUGGACGGCAUCUCAGUGGCCGCAACAGCCUUCUGCAUCACUUCAGGCGUGGCGAACGCAACACGCGCAUCGCGGUCGCUUGCCGCCGUGUCCGGCCUGAAGCUGGGACCGGGAUACAAGGAUAACUCGGCGGUGAGUUCCAACGACUCGAGCGUCAACAUCUCGCCCAACACCAAUGGGUUCUUGCUCGAGGCACUGUUCGUAGGCAACGAGACGCAGGCAGCGAGGGAGCUGAUGGAGAGUCUCUGGGGCGCGAUGCUACCCGGCGACACGACCGCAGCGCAGAACAGGAGCGCGGUCGGCGCGAGAUGGGAGUACGUCAACGCUGCGACGCGACAGCCCGGCUUGGGACUCUUCACGAGCUUGAGUCAUCCGUGGGGCGGCGCUGCGACGUAUGUGUUGACGGAGUGGGCUGCUGGUCUCCGGGCUGCUGCGGGUGUUGAUGGGUUCGGGUAUAAGAACUGCGUGGUCUCGCCUGCGACUGGUGUCGAGAUGGGUUUGAAGAGGGCGAGUGCCAAGGUUGUCACUGCGUUUGAGGGAGAGUUGAGUGUUGAGUGGAUAGUGCGGGAUGGUGAUAUUGGUAUUACUAUCCGGGCGCCGAUCGGCACACGGGGACAGUUUGUUUACGGGAAUAAGAGCAUUGCGUUGCAUGGGCGGUCUGAGUAUCAGUAUACCGUCGACGCGUCGUUGGAUAAUGGUAUUGCUUAGACUGGCUUAGCUAGCCGAACUAAGGUACUGAAAGUAAUCAGUGAGAAUUGGCGACUCGCUUCCUUAUAACCAUCACCAUUAUAGUUAUACGUUGACUGCAUCUUUUGAGGAACAUUUUCCUGAGGACAUAAGGCAAGUACAGAGGACUGUACCAAGCAAACAAGAAGGGUUGUGAUAGCGGCGGUAGUGGUGGAAAGAAUAGAGGUACGAUAUUGUUGGGCGGCAACUGAU